AUGGCACAAGGUGUUACAAAACUUAAACCAAACCCAUCAAAGAAGACGCACAACGCUCACAAAGCUUCUAAGAAUGCCUCUAUUAUGAAAAAAGGUCAGAAGGCUAUUCCACCAAAGAAGAAAAACGAAGUUGAGCGCAAAACUAAUAUGAAGAAACUCAGUUCAUCUAUUAACAACAAUAUCGAGAAGCAAAUGGUUGGUAAAGCUGCUAGUGGUCCACUUCAUAUUAUCAAGGAAGAAUCUUUUAAGAAGAACGAUAUGAAGAAUAAAAAGCAGUAG